AUGUCCUCGUUGCUCGGUCUCUUUACGAAAAAUUUUCGUCCUGCCUCACGUACUCUCCGGCCAAGAGUCUUUUCCCUAUCUACUUUCAACCUCCCUCCCUCCGCGUUUAAGUUUAAAAUACGAGAUAUUGACCCACUGAAAGUGAGCUUUGCACCGGCUUUAAACGAGGACGCUGUCAUUCCUCCAGUUGAAGUCACCCACUUUCCGGAGCAGUAUGUUCUUCCUCACAUCAAUGGUAAAAUACUUGGAAAUCCAAGCUUCAAUGUUCACGAAUUUGGAUGCAUCUCGGAUCCUAAGGUUCAAUCGUUUGUUGACAAAUUGCAUGACGUCGUAUUCAAUGGUUUUCAAGUGGCAGGCACGGACGAAACUUUUACUGACACAUUAGUGGACGAUCUACUUCGUAUCGUCGAGCUGAAUGACUGGCCCUUAAAGAUCAGGAAUCACCCACCAUACAAACUAUACAUUGAAGAAGAGCCUUGCGUGUCAUCAGUCCCUGAAUUCGUAGUUAAGCAUAGAAACUCGAUUUUUAUCGGAGUAGAGGACAAACACCUGAAAAAUAUCAAGGCAAACACUGAUUAUGGGGAAUCACAAAUCGCCUUGGAGAUGCUCGCCUGUGGAAAUGAGAAUACACGUUUCGUUGACAAGCAAGAUUGGAAAGAUCAAACCAUAUAUGCAGUCCGUGUGAUUUCUAUAUAUGUUACGUUUUAUAAAGCUGUAAUUCCUACGACGUAUUUGGAGGAGCUUCUUAUCGGUUUGCCACAACAACAAUCAAUCAUGAUAGAGCGGUGGCCGAGAGCAAAUGGGCUGAGAACUGGUUUCAAUCUCGCAGAACCUGAUGGGAGACGGACAGUGCUCACAGCGUUAAUGAAAAUUCGUCAAUCUCUUUUGUAG